AUGGCUGCGUUCUGGUGCGCCCUCUCCACGUCUAUCGACAUCUCCACCACGCCGAACAGGGCGUCUAUCUCCUCCAGACUCAAGCCCUUCGUUUCCUUGAUGAAGAGGAUCGAGAAGACGACGAUUGCUGGCGUCGUCAGCAUGCUAGCAGCCAGAAGGGAUCUACAUACCCGCAUUGAAAAUGGCGAAUAUCAGAAACGUCCGCCAGCCGAUGUUCUGCACCGCAAUCGGGACCACCUUGCUGAUGCAGUAGUUGAACGCCCACUGCGUGCUGGCCGCCAUGGCCACGCAGUACUCGCGGAUACGGUCGGGGUAGAUUUCGCCGCGCCAGUCAGCAGGAAGAAGCUCCUUUCUGUCGUUGAUGACAGACGCAGCCUACCCACAUGCAUAGGUAAACACAAUCGUCCCGCUCAGCUGCUAGCACACCAUGACCGCAAACCCCAGCAGGACACGUUUCCGAUUCCCCGGCAGCCACAUCUCCUUGACCUGGACGCCGUCCGUCUCGAUGAGCUCGGCCUCGACUCUCGCCUUGAUCUCGUAAUACUCCUCCAUCGUCUGCAGGCUGGGCGUCGACUCGUGACGGAUGUAGGUAAGGUUCGCGAGCGCCGUCUCGUAGCGGCCCUUUUUCAUCAGCCAGCGCGGCGACUCCUUGAGCGGGAUCAUGCCCAGCAGAAGGCCCACGGCGGGGAUAAUCUGCAGCACGACGGGGACGCGCGACUAGUUGUGGCCGGAGGCGGGCAGGCGUUGCUGGCAGGCGUAGUCGACCCAGUAGGCGACGGCGAUGCCGAAGAAGAUGAAGAAGCCGUACAGGGUGACUGCCAGCAUCGACGCCGCCCCGACUCCCAGCCCGCCGAUGACCCGGCCGACGUAGAGCAGGCCCAGCCUGCCGGCCGAGACGGUCUGCAUGAUGGAGCCGAUGGCCAUGACGAAGCCGGGGAGCAUCAGGCCGAGGCGGCAGCCGAGGCGAUCGGUGCCGUAGGCCAUGAACAGCGAGCCGAAGAAGCAGCCGGCCUGGAGGGUGGCAACGACGUUGCCCUCGACAUCGGCGAGGUUGGCCGGGGUGAUGCCAAAGCCGCGCUGGAAAGAGGGGAGGGUGACGGCGCCGCCGAUGAAGCCGGUAAAACUGCCCAGACAGGCGGUGAGGGCAGUCUACCAGAAAUAGCUGCAGAAUACAGAGUAGAGACUAGUAGCUUACGGGCAUGCGUCCGCCUUGCUACGGCGUCAUUGGAGUCCACUCAGACAAUAUACAGUACAGAUUACGAUAUGUUACAUUACUGUACUUACUUCUUCGCGGAGCACAAGUGGAAGGAUAGGAACGGUGUCAUUGAAUGCGGACAAAUCGAGUAUAUUCCUGAUGACGACGAUGACGACAAUACAUAUGCAGCUAGAAACAACCUAACCAUUCUCCAUACGAUACAGUGA